AUGUUGGACUGGAAAGAAUAUGUUGCAGCUGUUCUACAAGACAGCACCAUUGCAGACAUUGCCAUAGUUGGAUGCACUCCCAAGAACAAAACCAUCUGGGCGUGCAGAAGCGAUGGUGUUUUCGGACAGAUUACAUCUCAGGAAGUUGAAGUGAUCAUCGACAACGACAGGAAGUCUAUUCUCCAAAAUGGCAUAACUAUCGGCGGGAAGAAGUAUUCCAUCAUCCGAGAUAACAUGCUGUUAGAAAAGGAUCCCUCGAUGGAUGUCAGGACACUGGGUGGUGAGGGAAUGAGCAUUUGUAUUGGGAAAUCUUCCAAAGCUUUGAUGUUUCUGAUGGGCCAGAAGGGAGUUCAUGGAGGAGUCAUCAACAAGAAGAUGCAUGACAUGGUGGACUAUCUAAAUAGAAAUGGCAACAUCUAA